AUGUACGUCUCUAUAGUGGUCCUUGUCCUGACUAAAGCUCUGGUCACAGGUAAGUUUACCUUGUUUACAAAAUAUAAGUCUUUACAAAAAAGAGAAUGCCUCUAAGAUGUUACUUGAUACAUCUCACAUACAGAACUUGAAGUUUGAGUUGUCUUAUGGAACUUUUGCAUGAAAAUAAUGUGAAUCACUGAAGAAAAACAUCUUAACAAACAAAAGUUGCAAGUGCAUCAGUCAGACUAACACGAUUGGCAUUACUGACAAAUUGUUUCAAGUCAAACCAGUUGUAAAGUUGAAAAAGUUUGCUCUCUGUGAUCAGGGAAACCUCACAAUAAUUUGCAUUCUAUGAACUUCCAUAAACUCUUGUUUCCUGCCCUGUAAUCUUAUGGUUAUGAUAAGUUUUGUGUUUGGUUUUAGUCUCUGUUUGUGCUUUUGUUGUCAUAUUAAAUAGUGUAAGACUGACCCUGAGGGAGAUUCCCCAACAAACACAGCAACAAACAGAAAAAAAAACAAAAAAGGCAGCCCAGAUGGUCCCUGUUAUCUUGUCGUGUUACUCUUUGCCUGCCUGUUUCAAGUUGUACCGUAGCAAAGACGAAUGUUUCCCACCUGUAGGUUCUCUUUGUCUAACUGAUCACACAUAUUGUGUCCAGACUUCAUGUCUCUUCUGGACAGACCUGACCCAGCUGGCAGCAGAAUAAAACACAGGCCAGUAAAAAAAGAAAACAGGGCACGCAGAGUGUUUCACUUUUCUCAGUCCUAGUACUCUCACACUGUUUUGCUAUUAGAGCCUGAAUUCCCAUGCAGUGAUGGAAUGACAUGUUUAAGCAGGAACAGUGAUAGUAUGAGCACAAACACCAUAAAUCCAAGCAGCCACUGUGGGUGUGCAUAUAAACCUACUUUGUCUAAAUGCUGCAAUUAUGUCUAAUUGGCAGGAAAUCAAACAUCUUGAAAAAGUGAACUCAGACUUUUUCCAUGUGAGGGACAUUACCAUCUCUGCUUCAUUACUAAUUUAAAAAGCAAGGAGGGGUCACAUAUGCUACAAGAGCAGAGUUCUUUGAGAGUACUCAUAUUUCUGGAGACAACUAACUUUGUGGUUUGGGUUGAUUUCAUUUAACUUUUACGCACUGAAAAAUGAACACUUGCAUGAAAAAAAAUUGAAAACCCACCAGUGAAUGAUUUGGCAUAUUCACAGGGUGGCCUUCUUUCUAGCAUCAUGCAUACAUAAUGUCCUACUGAUGUGUCUCAGGUUUAAGUCUAACACAUGCAGGAUAACUGACAAUUGUUAACUAAUCAGCACUUCAUUACUGAUGAGCAAAUGUAAUGAUAAUUGAUACAGUGAAAUCUAGAGACAUCAAGACGUAUUUCAAAGUAAAACACCAUAUUUGAUGAACUGUCAGCUCUUGUUUGUUAUAAACUAGAGUAAGCAUUGAACCCAUUCCUGUUUACUGGGGAUGCACAACAUUAUCAGUUUAUCAUGAAGUCAAAUAACUGCUAAGAGUUUAUUAUGAGUAUCAGCAGUCAUGAAAAUUUUCAACAAUAUGAAUAACUGAUGUAGUGACGCACUAUGUGAUGUCAGUUUACAUGCACCACCAUGUGUGAAAGUACUAGAAGUGUUUGACAGUAAAAGAGCAAUGUUUGACAAGAACAGGUGAUGCAAGGGGGAGCAAAAACACUCCUUUAACUCUUCCUUUUAAUACUGAAAAUAAAAGUUUUUAACUGUGAAUCUAUAAGAACAAACAUCCAAGACUUUCUGUAUAGUAGAGAUUGAAAAGUAUCAGCCCUUACAAAAACUUCUAAGUAGCCUCUACCUCAGUUAUUUAAUCAAGUUCAGAAAACUAGCAGAGGCUGCUGUCUAUGACCAGCAUUUGAGCAUUGGGGGAAGCACCAGGGUAGUGCCUUUGUUGGCUUAAGAUGUACUUAGAGCCUCACAACUCUACAACAGCUGGAGUGACUUCUCUUAAGCGUGUAUAUUUAAAAUUGGUACGAGCAUGAAAAUGUAAGCAUACCAGAUAUCAACGAACAUCUAAUAUUGUGCAACCCCACUAUUCCUAAUGUCUAGUUGACGUUAUGUUUGCCAAGAUUUUACUUCUUUCCUGUCGUACUAUGUGGCGCCACCAAAAUGUAAUAUAACCUUUCACCUGUCAGAAGGGAAAGCAGAUGUCCUAAAGUGAGCUUAGGGAGGACAGAGACCACCCAGAGGGCAGAGGGGCAAAAGCUUGCUUGAUCUUAUGGGACUAGUAAAAGUUGUGAAAGCAGGGCCUCACAAUCCUGCAGACUUUCUGUGUUUGAAUCAAAAGGUGUCAGAGAAGUUACUGGCUUGCGACGGCCAAGUCUUCAAAGUGACUUUUCGUUAUCUAACAUGACUCUUACCUUUUCAAAUUUUUAUUGUUGGCUCUUCUUGUCAUUUCGAAGCAGAAUUCAGCAGAUGAUGGAUGGGUUUCUCACUAAAAAGAGAAAUGAAAUGAGUUCAUUUGUCUGGCAGAAGUUUGCAAGUAAUUGUAAUUGUAACUGUAAUAUAAGAUUUCCCGUCAGAUUUUAACUUUCCAAUUAUUGUUUUUCGAGUGGCUGAUGAAACAAGAAGUGGUAAAAGCAUAAUUGUUUAUAUGAUAGUCUUUAGAUGUGAUGACAAACAGCCUUAAACACAGCAGUAGGACAUCAUAACAAAAUAUUGUUAAAGGAAAAACUGUCCACUUUAAGAUUAUGGUGAAACAAGAGGCAGACAUGUAAAAAAAGGACACUCCUUAUAUAAAGAGUAAAGCAGAACAUGUAGAAGUGCACAUAUUAUCUCUAAUGUUUGUGUCCUUUGCCAACAGAGGUAUGUCAUGCCCUGAAUGUGACUGUGACCCCUGGGCCUGUUGUCAUGGUACCAGAGAAAGACAACGUGACCCUCUCCUGCCUAGUAUCUCAGAGAAAGAGGAGCACCAGCCUCCUCAUCCUCCGCUGGUUCUUCUCCCCUCUUGCUGCUCCCACCCUCCCUCCCCCUCCUCCUCCUCCAUCUCCGUCUCCCCCUCCACCCGAGCCAUCUCAGGUUUUGAUUGUGAAGUUGGGCAUAAAGAAAAUUAGACUGUAUGGGAACUACACCCGACGCUUCUCACAGCCAAAGUUUCGUCUGUAUGAGGAAGUGGAAGGAGAGGUGUUCCGGUUAAGGGUUCUGAAUCUGACCGGGCAGGACCAGGGUUUCUACACCUGUAAAGUUCAGGAGAUUCACAAGCACAGGAACACAUGGCGGGCGUCGUCCAACGGUACCAGCACAACACAGCUGACAGGUAAGGUGCACCUCAACCCAUUCAGUGGUUAAAAAAAAAAAAACGACUAUGAUAUAUAUCAAAAAUUUAUUUCCCUCGGUAUCAAUAUGAAACAUGGCCAAUAUGCUUUUCAAUAGCUGUCAUUCUGCUAUGUUUUGGUAGACUAUGCAAAUAGCCAAUAAAAAGGGGAGUUGCUCCGGGUCUGGCCGCACUGAACCGACCAUUCAGUCCGCUUUCUCUAGCGCAACGCCUUACGACAAAACAUCGAAGAGACACAAAGACUUAACAGAUGGAGUAGCUUAUUAUAUUGCUAAAGAUAUGCUAAUAAUAAACUAAUAAUUAUAAGCACUGUUAAACUUCAUCGAAGAGCAACAGGGAACAUUUAAGAUUGACAAGUGAUUUUUUUAAAUCCUGAUAUAUAUUGAUAUCAACUGAUGGUCCUAAAUUAAACUUCCAUUGUCCAACGAGCAAACUGAAGCAGACGAGAAUCAAUCUUGUUUUCCACAUAAAUGUUUCCAUCAGAUUGAUAAACAUAUUAAAGGAGAGUCCAGAGAUGGUGGGCUUGGGGCUUGAAGUUUUAAGGUGCAGUAUUUCUGUAGUUCUUAACAUGAGGUUCAGACCCUUGUCCUGGUUCUUUGAGCAGAAUAAUAAAGCCCUAUAGAAUCUGCAUCAAGUCCAACAAAGAGUUUUAAGUAUGCUGUGUUCGGUCAAACCAGCACAGGUAUGAUUAUGUUGAACUUCUCCUACCUUCAGGUUAGUCAGUCAGAAUUUGAACUCACAUUUUAACAAGAUACGAGUCUCUUCAAAACGCUCCUAUUCAAUAAUGUACAUUGUAUUGUGAAUAAAUUGGCAUUUGAGGGAGUCAUUUUUCCCUCACUGUUUAGAAAACACCUUUGCUUAACCCUGGUAACUGACAGGAGAGGAUGAAACACAGAGGGGACUUCUGGUGUUUUAUUGCCCUAAAAUGUUUCCAUGGAAUAAUCUUUCCAAGGAAUUCCCUCAUAGCCACACACGUUUAGCAAAAACAUGCUGUCUGUGUUAUUCUGCAGUGGAAAUUACCGAAGAAAGGAGCUGCAGCAGUUGUUAUUAAAAGACAAAGGGCACAUAAAAAUAUGAAGCGUGCGUUUUCUAACUCUCACAGCACAUUUUGCUCUAAGUUUUGUGCCUAUAUGUGUUUGAGUGUGACCCCAAUCCUCUGGCAUUUCCAUCUCAAAACAAUGAGCUCACACAGCCAAACCACACUCAACAAUAUCACUCUGUGCAUGUGAGGAGUAAAAGGUGGAGUGCUGCUGAGCUGGCUAUGUUCAAAAACUCUAAAAUACAUGACGUCAGCAUUCUGGGUUUACUUUGCAAGCUUUAGGAGAAAAUUUACAGCAUAAUACUGUUUCAGUGGAGCAGAUUUAGUCUGUGCUCAUAUGUACCUGACCUGAACAAGUCAGGGUUAAGAAAGUAUUCGACUCCUAUGCAGGAAAGACUUCAGACAGUUCAUCAAUUAUCUUGCCGUUUGUUGGUGGUUAUAAGAUGCUUCGGUAACUACACCUGGUACAGCUGCACAGUUCGCCUUUUACCAGUUUUAUUGAAAAAAGGCAAAGAGUUUUGAGUCAGACAGCGCCAUCGGACUACGCCCUGACCUAUAUUCGGGGCAGUGUCCCACUAAGGAAGCCACACAACCUCAGGCAUCUCCGACAUGCAUUGACCACAGCAGCAGAAACUGACAUUAUGAUGGUAAACAAAGAGUAAACUCAGCUGUAACAGUAAUCCAGGGAACUCCUCAGUCUGCAGAUUUGAUUCUGCACAUCUAUGAGCAAAGGCUACACCCCACUGAGAUAAUUGUAGUGCUUUUAUUCGAAAGAUUUUGAAGGACAGAGGAUCAUUUUUCCUCUCUCACAUUUCUACAGCGCUCCUUCAGACUUUCAGGAUGAGGACAUUUAGCUGCCCUCUUACAAAUUAAAUCACUGCACAGUUACAUUAAACUCUAUUUGACACCUAACUUUAGCUUCAGGUUCCUGACCCUGCCUUCUGCAAAAGACGGAUCUUCAUCUUUACUGAGUCAUCUCAUCACAGCUGGGCUGCAGAUGAGUCUUCAUCUAUACCUGAUGGUUUUCAGCUUCCAUUAAAAGCUGUGCAGUAUAUUUUCCUGACUCCGUUGGGGAAGCAACACCUUGUGUGGAUAAAUCUGCUGCGUGUUAGCUAUAACAUCCAUCUUGUUACCUAAGGCUGCACACACGGAUCAGACGGGAGGUUUAGUAUGUGGCUAACCACGGUGUAAAGGUCGGAUCUGUGGUUUAUUUACAUUAACUGUAAACUGCUCACACUGUGAAGAGUUGCUGCCGUGAAAAUAGAAGUCUUUUCCUGUCAGAUGAGCAAAGCUGCUGUGAUUUUGUCUUUUUUGUCAUUUUUUCUUAAGCUGUAAUUAUGUUUUAAUUUGGUCCUAAGAUCUUUAAAAAGCAUUGAAUUGGUCCAUUUAUCACAAAAUUAAGAUGGUUAAAAUGACAUGAGCCUGCAACCUCAACAUUAAAGAUCUAACUGUUCUGUGACAACCUAAAUCAGAUCUGGGUGGUGCAAGACUUGGAUGUAAACUUCUAACCUUUCACAAGUCUUACCAUAAGAGACUGGUGACAGAGAGUAGUUCAGUCUUACACAGACAGCAAUAAACUAUAAGAUCGGUGAAGUGGUUUACAGUCUAAUCACACCAGUAAUGAGGCUAUUUUGUUCAUGAAAAAAUGUACAAAACUCUGUCUGUUUGCUUAGUGGAAAAAAUAAAAUAAAUAAAAAUAAAUUGUGCGCGUGGACAGAGACAAAUUUUACCAGUUAGGAACAAUCUCGUGUCAGGUUUUCAGCAUUAGCAAGCAGCAGCACAAGGAGCCCCAGAAAACAAACACUUUCUCCAGCAUUAACUCAGAAAAUGCUUUUGAUCUCACAACAUCUGCAUAACGCCUUUUUUACUGCCAAGGUUUACUGCUUUGCUGUGUCAUUCAAAGUUGAUUGCUCUUUAACGUUCUAAUGCAUGAUAUCCAAGUUACAAAAUACUGAGCAGACAGCGUUUCUCUGAGCGACAGUCAUGUUUCUCAAAGUUUCAAAUGAAGACCAUGUGGCUGUAACAACAGACGACUGGAUGUUAUGCACAAUUUAUACAUCAAAUCACAGAGAAGUUACGCCAAGCGAAAGAAGACAUCUUUAAUUUUCAUCAUUAUAGUUUUACGACAACAGCAUCGCUCUUUUAUUUAAUGAGUCACAUUGAGCUUUACCAUACAGUGUUUCAAUCUUCUUUUAUUGCUGUAUUGGCUUUAAUUUUUGUCUGCUGGGGAAAUACAAAUUAUGUUGCAAGUGUUAGAAGGGCUUUGCAAAUCCCAGGAAGGCAGAUGUACAAAACACCUAAGAAUUCUGUGUUAGUUUAAACAAAUAUGAAUAUUUAUCCACCCAAAUACUAAGACUUCAGUUUAUUUAUUAUUAUAGUUUGUACAGCAGGCUUGGUCUUUUGUUGUUUGAAGAAGUAACAAGACAACGACAUGUUACUUUGAAAUGACACAUUGUCUUUAAAAUGUUCUCAGUUAUGUUGAGUAAGAAAUAAAGUGGGACUGAGCGAUACAUUUGUACUGAAACAAACUGAAAAUACUUCUUUAUUUUAAUUAACUGGAAAACAGUCAUUAAGAAUUGAAUCAGAUUAUCUAAAAAAGAGGGGACACAUCUUUACUACGUCUGCAUUUCAUCAAUACAAAGUCAUAAUCAAAUCUUUUCAUACACUUGUUUCUUGGACUGGAAAUCUCUACUUUAGCAGAAACAUGUGUAAAAAAUCUUAUUUAAAACAGAUGGAAGCAUAUUUAAAAACACAUAACUUGUUUUUUCCCCUGUAAUUACAAGAUUUUCUUGAUAUGGAUUCAAAUGAAGCUUUAAGUUUGGACAUAACACAGAGCCAAUGUGUUUAUCCCUGACAUUAAUUAUCUUGUUUUUCCAGACUUAAGGCCCGAGACCACGUUUGACAAUUUUGCAGGCAGCUCAGUGGUCUGGAAACAGGCUAGAAGUCAAUUAGAGCUAACAUCUUAUCAUUUCUUAUUAAUAUGUUUAUCAACCUGCGUUUAAAAGACAUAUUAAAAACUCAUUAUGUGGAGCAGAGACUGAGUAAUUUACGUACAUAGCCUCUGUUCACUCUCCUCAACCCCUGGCUAAAUACCCCUGACCUCGACACAACCCAUCAUUCACAGCCUCACACUGACAACAACUUCCUUAUUCGCCGUCUUUUCACACCAAGGAGAGAGACAAAGGGAACUGCAGCGUUAAACAAUCACAGAGCGGCCCAGAGAAGGAAGUAAUGGGGAAGCCCCAAACACUGUCCAAGAACAGCAACACAGCCGGCCCUGCCUGUGUGUGUGUGUGUGUGUGUAUGUGUGUGCGCGCGCGUGUGUGUGUGUGUGGUGGGCUGAUGCCGCAGAACUAACUCCCUUCAAUACAGCAGUUUUGAUAUUUUUGGAAACCGCUGAGGUUGUCGGCUGUAUUGAGUCUUUGCCCUCAGACAACAGCUAUUUACAAAGACACUAAGUCAGGCACAGUGUUUCCACCCUCAAAAAAACUGUUUUUGCUGACUUUUUUUUAACUAUUAUUUCUACAGUGCACUUAACUUAUGAGGAUGCAACCAGUGAAGGACUCUGGCAUUUAUUUGCAGGUACUUUUUUUCAUCUCUAUCCCUCCAACAUAGUUUCACUAACCAUUUGCAAGUUUAUUUUAUGACACAUCCCUUCCUUACUUUUACUCCUCUAUCUUGCAGACGUGUAUCUGUGUGCGGUCCUGAUUUGCUCACUGGGCCUUCUCUCCAUCUUUCUGUUCACUAUGGUUCUCACAUGCCAGUAUUUUUACAGGCAACACAGGCUCAAAGGUAACCACCCAGCUCUUGUUUUCUACAUAAAUAACAUUUUGAUUUUGUUUUAGUUUGUCUAUAUAAAAGGGAUUAGUGUAAGUCUUUGCUGUGAAUCAACUUAUUUUUUCUGCUUCUGUCUCCACAGCGAGUUACCUUCUGGUCAAAUGCCCAGAGAGCAGGUAAAGUUGAUUAUAAAACUAUUAUUGAAAUAAUAACUGAUUUAUUUAGCAUUCAAUAACAAAAAUAAAUCACUUUAACGAGAUUUCUUUAAAAAUCUACUUAUAAUUUUUGAUUUGUUUUAGUUAACUUUACUCAAGCUUAAACUUCUUUCCUUGUCCAUACAGUUCAGGAGAGACUGUGACCAGCUCCAGCAGCUCCUCCAGUUCCUCUCCAAAAGCCCCAAGGAAAGAACCGAGACAGAAAAUCGACAGAAGAGUGAUAAUAUCGCCACCUAAACUACCCGUGGAGCCUCCACCACACAUACCAGCCAAAGGUAAGACUGAAUGUAACCUCUAUGACCGAUGAUUAGUAUUUUAUCGUUCGCCAACGAUUCGUUCAAAAGAACCAAAUCAUCAUCAUCAUUUCCAGCUUUUAAAGAUCUACCUGGGUUAUGACCAGAGGAAUGAAGGGGGGGUAAAAACGGAAAUGAGGCUCAAUAAUCCCAACCGGAAUCCACUUAACUAAAUAAAAAACGCCAAAACAACCUUGUACACAACUCAUGCAGAAAUUAAAAGCAAAUACGAUGAAUGAAAUCAAAAUUGUCGCCUUAGGAUUCAUGAAAUCCUUUGGUCAUGAGCAAAAACUCACUGCAUAGUAGAAUGAGGCUUACUGCAGCGGAUUUAUAAUAUAGCUGAAACCCGUUCAGCGUUUCAACAGAGAAGAAAAUUGGAGGGAAAAAGAAGAAGCAGCUUAGCUUCCAAAACAGCGAAACUCCAGCUAGCUAGCAGCUGCUACGUUCGCUGUAGCUCAGGUUAGCUUAGAGACUAAACAGUUUACUUUCAUUCAGCAGAGGUUACUUACUGUAUUAUAGAGUCAAUCUGGCUGUUGGAGUUUCUCCCCUUCAUACUUCUCCUCCUCCUCCUCCUUGGAGUCCUUCUUCACCUGUUGAAACUACAAACGUUUAUCUUCCCACCGCGCUAACACCGACGGCUGGAAUCAUCUGAUACUCUCUCCACUCUCGCUUAUUUCUUACCGAUGAGAUUCAUAGUAAAGCGGUUCGUUUUUAGUUCAUCAUUUCAGGGCACAAACUUCACAAAAUUAACGCCGAACUGACUCCUAAUGUUUACUUUUAACUUCCAGAAAAAAGGUGAGUUACCGCCCCUCUCAGUGCUCACCUGAUAUAAACCCACCAAUUGAACCGCAAGUCUAAUGGUCAACGGUCAAAGGUCAACGUUACCGCAAGUAAAUAUUAAAAACAAAAUGUGGGUUCGUUUUUUAAAUAUAAGCCAAAUUAAUUUAUGGGAAGAUAGCAAUGGCUUUAAGGAAAAAAAAACAUUUUAAAGGCUUUCACGGCCUUAAAGUUUUUUUUUUAAUUCUAUUUAACCAGUACAUAGAUAUAUAUAUAAACACUAGAUGGCUUACGCAACCGACGUCCGCGCAUGGCGGCCAUUUUGCUACGGGACGCUCGUCCACUCCUAACAUUCCAGUCUACGGUGCAUGUAGCAUUUAAAUAACCAUAGACUAAUUUCAUAGAUUGAUUAAUUUUAAACCGAUUUUCAAACGGUUUGGUUUGUAACAAACCUCAGAGUUUUAAUUAUGUUCCCGCAUCCUCAACACAAAUUUUAACCAUGGAUUUUCAUAAAUACACAUGAAGCAGAUAGGUGGAGCAAUAGCUAUAGGCCUACACACAGAAGGCAGUUAUAUUAAAUCAUUUAUAUAUAAAACGUUUAAUCAUUCCAUGUAUGUUAUAUUACUAAUACUUCUAAGACAGGGAUAACUAAAACAACAUAUAAAAAUAACAUAUAUAAAUAUUUAUUUUAGAUAUAAAUUUCUGCCUCAUGUUGCCAUUUUAGAUGUUUUUAACAAACCAAACAGCUUGGAAAUCAUAUGCAACUUUAGUUAUGUUGACACAAACAAACAUUUUUGCCUCUUUAACUGAUGUAAAAUUACUGGGUCAACUGUGUUUUAGUUCUUGGUCUCACUCACAGCCAGUUUGGUCACAAUGAAUGAAGGUGUACAUCAAGUAAAAACUAUAGAUAACUGUAGCAUAAUUCAUUUUUUCCACAGACAGCUCUUUGACAAAGACCAGAGCCAAGAUUUAAUGGUAUCUAUUCAGCCUAUGAAUUUAUAAAAUCAGAACUGAUGCUAAAAAGUACAAACUAAAGCACUUAUUUCUGUUAUGAACGUAGACCUUCAUUGUGUGUGGUAUUUAGAGGUAAUAAAGGACUGUGUUAUGUUGUUUUCAGUCAGUCAAUGUUACAUCUGUUUUUUAGUGCCCAUUCCUGCAAAGAGACCUCAGAAGCCACGCAGGUCAAAGAAGAGUUCAGCCACUGUGAGUCUCCUCAGUCUGACCUACUGCACGAGCACAGCACUUACUAUAUGGCCACCUCUUCCAUAAAGUCAUGUAUCAAACAUAUUCACUUAUUGGAUCUGUAGAAAUGUAUUCAUUAGAGGAAAGAAUGGAUGUCUUUUCCCACACAGUUAUUGUGAUACAUACAAGAGGGAAUUUGUUUCACGACUCCAUGAUUGUCUACAGGAGUUUAUUGCCAUCUCUUCAUUCAGUUAUGAGCUUGAUAAUUCUAUUUAGCUUUAUUGCUUCUCAAACACAAUUAUUUAUUUAGAGUGCUUCAUUGGUUUUAUAUCUACAAUAAAAAUGUCAAACACGUAUAAAUGGCAGAGAACUAGUCAAACUAAGGAUCAUCAGUAUUUCUACUACUGCUGCUCUUGUGAUAUUAUGGUGACUGCAGCUCCAGAGAUUCUUUAUUUGCACGAACAUACUGAUUGGAUUAGUGAAAGUAGGAGGAUCUGAGGAUGUUGGAUAAGACUCCUGUUGUACAAAAUGUUUUUCGAAUAAACUCAAUGUUCUAAGAGGCCCUACAAACCAUGUAAACACAUACUUUCUGCAGCUAAAACACGUUGAGGGAACGAAGCAAGGAGGAAUACCACUGUUUUCAAAUAGGUUGAUGUGCAGACAUGUUUACACUCCUACAUACAUCUUUUUUUCACCACAAAAGCUUUGCAAAAUACAUAUGGUAUAGCUUUUCCUCUUUUGCCCUCUCUGUUGGCUACAUUCCUUUAAUUUUCUCACACUCUUGUCCUCCCGUCUCCAGCCUCGUAUAACACAGGACGAUAGUCUGACAUAUGCAGAACUGGAGUUGGUCAGAGCGAGGCCGCAGCCCCCAGCCCCCUCCAGUCCUGACCCUGCACCCUCCAGCCCGGAUACGGUGUACGCUCAGAUCCUCUUCCAGGAGAAACAGCUGUAAACACAGCACCUCUGGACACACUGAUAUCAGGGCUCCUCCUAGUAAAGACAUACAUAGAUUCAUCUCUCCAAAGCAGACUGGGUGGCAUUCAGAGAAAUAUAUUUAUGAACUAUCAGUAUGGCAUUUAGCAUAUUUGUUUUUUGGCUGUAAGUAUAAUACAACUGUUGGGUAAUGAGGGUUUUGUGUUUCCUCGGCGCAGUUCCACUCCAGCAUAGCAGUUUUUUUGGGUCUUAUAAUUCUGUUGUUUUGUUCGUUGGCAUUGCUGGCCUGUGAGCCAGAUGUUUAUAAAAAUGCUCUUAAUGUUAACUAUUCAGUAUAAACUCAGGAGACUGUGUGGAAACAAACGCUUGUCCAGGCUCUCUUACUGCAGUGUAAUAAGGCACUGUAGCACUUUUCAACUCAUUUGUAUUUACAUUACUAAUAAAUAUAAUACUAAUAAACAUACGCCUGGGCCUGA